UACCACCAGCGGUGGGGCGCAGAAGCCCGCCGUUGCCGCCCGCCCUGCAAGUUCCCGGGAAACGCCAGGGCCAGCCGCCGCUGAUGGCUACGGCGGCUGGCCAUCGGGAUAGCCUCCUGUAUGUGUGGGAUAGCAGGUCGGGACGCCGCUUUUUGGUCGAUACUGGGGCUGAGGUCAGCGUUUUACCUCCGACGAGUUACGACACCCGCAGCAGGGCACCGGGUCCCCCCCUGAGGGCCGUGAAUGGCAGCACAGUAAGGACCUAUGGCACCCGUCAGGUGCAGCUACAGUUCGGCUCCAGCCAGUUCACGUGGGACUUCACACUGGCCGCCGUAGCCCAACCGCUUCUGGGUGCGGAUUUUUUGCGAGCUCACAGCCUGCUGGUUGACCUGCCCAGGAAGAGACUGGUACACGCCGAGACCUUUCAGACGUUCUCCCUGGGCGCGGCCCAGUUGCCAGCCCCUCACCUCGGCUCCAUCACGCUGUCCGACAACAACUUCACCAGGGUCCUGGCGGAGUUCCCAUUGGUUCUGGCACCGCAGUUCACAGCAGCCAUGCCCAGGCACGGCGUACAGCACCACAUCCCGACACAGGGACCACCCCUCCAUGCCCGUGCUCGGCGGCUUCCCCCGGACAAGCUCCGACUGGCGAAGGAGGAGUUCCAGAGAAUGGAGGAAUUGGGGAUCAUCCGGCGGUCCGACAGCCCCUGGGCUUCCCCCCUGCACAUGGUGCCCAAAGCGACGGGGGGCUGGAGACCGUGCGGCGACUACCGCAGGCUGAACGAGGCUACCACACCGGACCGCUACCCUGUGCCGCACAUUCAGGACUUUGCGGCAAACCUGCACGGCGCCCGGAUCUUCUCCAAGGUCGACCUUGUCCGAGGGUACCAUCAAAUCCCGAUGCAUCCUGACGACGUCCCCAAAACGGCUCUCAUCACCCCGUUUGGCCUCUUCGAGUUCCUCCGCAUGCCGUUCGGCCUGAAGAAUGCCGCACAGACGUUCCAGCGGUUAAUGGACGCGGUGGGACGGGACCUGGACUUCGCGUUCAUCUAUUUGGAUGACAUCCUCAUAGCCAGCAGCAGUCGUCAGGAGCAUCUGUCCCACCUCCGUCAACUCUGCGCCCGACUGAGUGAGUACGGUCUUACAAUCAACCCUGCCAAAUGCCAGUUCGGACUUGAUACCAUUGACUUCCUGGGCCACAGGAUUACUAAAGACGGGGCAACCCCUCUGCCCGCUAAGGUAGAUGUGGUCCGCCACUUCCCCCGACCCACCACGAUCAAAGGCCUUCAGGAAUUCGUAGGUAUGGUCAAUUUCUACCGCCGCUUCCUCCCUUCAGCUGCCCGGAUCAUGCGCCCCCUGUUCGCCCUGAUGUCGGGUCCGAGCAAGGACAUUACCUGGGACGAGGAGUCCGCCGCCGCUUUCGUUCAAAUGAAGGAAGCUUUGGCUGACGCCGCAAUGCUAGUACAUCCCAGAAUGGACACCCCUACCGCCCUCACAGUGGACGCAUCAAACACGGCAGUCGGUGGGGUGCUGGAGCAACUCAUCGCAGGUCGCUGGCAACCCCUGGCGUUUUUCAGCAAACACCUGCGGCCACCCGAGCUCAAGUACAGUGCUUUUGACCGGGAACUGUUGGCGCUCUACCUGGCAAUCCGGCAUUUCAGGUACUUCCUAGAAGGCCGGCCCUUCACCGCGUUCACGGACCACAAACCGCUUACCUUUGAGUUUACGAAAGCAUCCGACCCCUGGUCAUCCCGCCAGCGACGCCACCUGUCCUACAUCUCUGAAUACACAACGGAUGUCCGGCACGUCUCGGGUAAGGACAAUGUCGUGGCGGAUGCGCUCUCUCGCCCUACCGUUCAUGCCCUUUCCCAAGGGGUAGACUUUGAGGCACUGGCAGAGGCACAGCAGGUAGAUGAGGAGAUUCCGAGUUACAGGACUGCAGUCUCUGGUUUGCAGCUCCAGGACUUCCCCGUGGGCCCAGGUGAGAGGACCCUACUCUGUGACGAUGAAGGAAGAUUCAAGGAGAUUCCAAUCACACACCACGUGAAGGAAGGGUGUGAGAGGGCUGAUCCCACACAGUUUGAGUUGUUGAAAGUCCUUGGUCAGGGAUCUUUUGGAAAGGUGUUUUUGGUUAGAAAGGCAGUUGGCCCUGAUGCUGGACAAUUGUAUGCAAUGAAAGUAUUGAAGAAAGCUACCCUAAAAGUUCGGGAUCGUGUUCGCACAAAAAUGGAACGAGAUAUUCUAGUGGAAGUAAAUCAUCCAUUUAUAGUUAAAUUACACUAUGCCUUUCAGACUGAAGGAAAACUUUAUCUAAUCUUAGAUUUCCUCAGAGGAGGGGAUGUAUUUACACGUUUAUCCAAAGAGGUCAUGUUUACUGAGGAAGAUGUCAAGUUCUACCUCGCAGAAUUGGCCCUUGCUUUGGAUCACCUGCACAGCUUGGGAAUAGUGUACAGAGAUCUAAAGCCAGAAAACAUUUUACUUGAUGAAGGAGGACAUAUCAAGUUAACAGAUUUUGGGCUAAGUAAAGAAUCAGUUGACCAAGAAAAGAAGGCAUACUCAUUUUGUGGUACUGUGGAGUACAUGGCACCAGAAGUAGUAAACAGGAGAGGUCACACACAGAGUGCAGAUUGGUGGUCAUUUGGUGUGCUAAUGUUUGAGAUGCUGACUGGUACAUUACCUUUCCAAGGUAAAGAUCGGAAUGAUACAAUGAACAUGAUACUCAAAGCUAAAUUAGGAAUGCCUCAAUUUCUUAGUCCGGAAGCUCAAAGUCUUCUCAGAACACUAUUCAAGCGAAAUCCUGGGAAUCGAUUAGGAGCUGGCCCUGAUGGAGUUGAAGAGAUCAAAAGGCAUCCAUUCUUUGCCACCAUUGACUGGAAUAAACUGGUCAGAAAAGAAAUUCAUCCUCCAUUUAAACCUGCUUCUGGUAAGCCAGAAGAUACUUUCUGCUUUGAUCCAGAAUUUACAGCUAAAACACCAAAAGAUUCACCUGGUAUUCCACCAAGUGCUAAUGCACAUCAGCUGUUCAGAGGGUUUAGUUUUGUGGCAACCAAUUCAAUGGAAGUAGGACAAAGCACCCCUCUCGCGAUAGUACAACCUAUAGUGCAGCUGCAUGGCAACAGCAUUCAGUUUAAUGAUGGAUAUGAGCUCAAAGAAGAUAUUGGAGUUGGCUCCUACUCAAUCUGCAAGCGCUGUAUACAUAGAGUUACGAACAUGGAGUUUGCUGUUAAGAUAAUUGAUAAGAGCAAACGAGACCCUUCUGAGGAGAUUGAAAUACUAAUGCGCUAUGGACAGCAUCCAAACAUCAUUACUUUGAAAGAUGUAUAUGAUGAUGGCCGGUAUGUUUACCUUGUCACUGAACUAUUGAAAGGAGGUGAACUACUUGAUAGACUCCUUCGACAGAAAUUCUUUUCAGAACGAGAAGCCAGUGCUGUGCUCUUCACAAUAACAAAAACUGUGGACUACCUUCACUGCCAAGGGGUUGUGCAUAGGGAUUUAAAGCCAAGUAACAUUCUGUACAUGGAUGAAUCUGGUGACCCUGAAUGCAUUCGAAUAUGUGACUUUGGGUUUGCUAAACAACUGCGUGGUGAAAAUGGCUUGCUUAUGACACCAUGUUAUACAGCCAACUUUGUGGCUCCUGAGGUUCUUAUGCGAGGGGGUUAUGAUGCUGCAUGUGAUAUCUGGAGCCUUGGAGUCCUUCUAUACACCAUGCUAGCUGGUUAUACUCCUUUUGCCAAUGGACCAAAUGAUACUGCAGAAGAAAUUUUAUUACGGAUAGGAAGUGGUAAAUUCUCACUGAGUGGAGGCAACUGGGAUACAGUUUCAGAUGCAGCUAAGGAUGUACUGUCCAAUAUGCUUCAUGUUGAUCCUCAUCAAAGAUUCACUGCUGAGCAGGUGCUCAAGCAUCCUUGGAUUGCUUGCCGGGAUCAACUACCACAUUUCCAAUUAAAUCGUCAGGAUGCUCCUCAUCUAGUAAAAGGAGCCAUGGCUGCUACAUAUUCUGCCCUCAACCAGAAGACCCUUCGUCCAGUGUUGGAACCAGUUGCAGCUUCAAGUUUAGCCCAGCGCAGAGUUAUGAAAAAACUUACCUCAACAGACUUAUGAAUUAUGUAGGAACCAAUAUUGUAUGACUCUUUCAAUUCAUUUGAAUGGCUGCAAGCUCCUGGAGGAUGCACAAACCUAGAGUUUUUGCUUUUCCUUUUUUUGACAUUGGGGGUUGGGAGAUUGGAUACCAAAUCAGGACAUGAAAAAUUCGGUUGAUGAAAAAAUGCAAUGAUAUGAUUAUAUCAAUUACAAAAGAGUUAUGGAAUAUAAUUCAUUGCACUCACAUUGCAGUUUUGAAAAGGGCAUAAAAAUUUUAAACAGGACAGCAACGAGAUCAGCAGAGUAAGGAAGUGGGUCGCUGGUGGCCUAUAUUCAAAGCUAUUUUGCUUUUGUGAUCUUGUUCUAAAAUAUUGUUUAAUUAAACUUUCUAUUUUAUUUAUUUAC